AUGUCUUACAACAAGCCCACAAGCCCACCGCCCUCCUACCCGGCCCAGGCCCACGACGCAGGCCCCUACUACCAACAACAAGGCCAAAGCCCCGGCGCCGCAAACGACUACUAUGGCGGCGGCCAACCCCAACAGCAGGGCUUCUACCCACCCCAGCCAGGCUAUGGCCAACCCCAGCAAAGCCAGCAGGGAUAUUACCCCCAGGGCCAGCAGCCGAUGUAUUACCCGCCGCAGCAGCAGGGCUACCCCCCUCAACAGCAACAGCAGGGUUACUAUGCCAAUGACCGCGGGCGCUCUGGCGGCGGUGGUGCAGGUGGUAUCUGUGCAGGUAUUAUGGCUGCGAUGGCUUGUUGCUGCUGUUUGGAUAUCUUGUUCUAG